AUGGGAUGGGGAAGAGGAGACGCCGGAUCCGAACGGGAACGACGCCGUCAUUCACCCAUGCGUGGGAACGGGUGCCGGCAUCCCCCCCGCGACAUCCCCCCCGCGACAUCCCCCCCGCGACAUCCCCCCGACGACAUCCCCGACCCGCUCGGGAAGCGCAAAGAGAUCUCGUCGGGCAGGCUCCUGCCUCGAUGGGACUCUGUGCCGUCGCUUGACAGGAGAAGAGAGGAAGAAUUCGAUAUUGUAAUCGGUAUUUAUUCCUCGUCAGAUGAGCAUGGCAUUAUCCCGUUGCGUUCAGAUGUGAAGGGACCCCGCAGAGAGAAAGACAUGGCAGAGCGGCCGUGGCCGGACAUCCCGCCCACCUCCUCUGAACUCAUGCGAUGGGAGUUCCGGGUCUGGGCUGAACUCGAGGGAGGAGGGAUUCGUCUUUCAGAUUUGCUGAUGGAAAAGGGUGUAAUGCCUGGCGAUGAGGCCGUGACUGGGAUCGAGGCCGUGACUGGGAUCGAGGCCGAAUUGCUCGGGCAUGUUUUGUGCACAGUAAAUGGAAUUUUCGUGGAUUCAAUGUGGAAAUCUCCAAGGUUGAAAUCGCUGGGAUGCGUCCCCGUGAAGAUCCCCCUGCUGGUCGUGGCCUUCAUGGUCGGGAGCGUCAUCGCGAUGCUGGGGAUCCUCUGCCUCUUCCUCAAUCAGAUCUACUCGUCUCUCUUCAUCGUCUUUCUCAUCUCGAUCGUCCUCAUCUCCUCUGGAGGCGUUCUCGCGUUUGGGGGCCUCGCCGGCUCCAUAUUCAUCCUGUGCAAAAUCCGGCGGGCCAUAAAGGCCAAGGACGAGGAGAGGAAUGCGUGGCGACGGCGACAUACGCCGUUUUUUGUCGACUUGUCCAUGGUCUACUCCGCCGGGGAGGAGCAGGGAGGAGCAGAGAGGAGCAGGAAGGAGUUAAGAGGAACCGAGAGGAGCAGGGAGGAACAGGGAAGAGCUGAGAGGAGCCGGGAGGAGCAGGGAGAAGCUGAGAGGAGCCGGGAGGAGCAGGGAGAAGCUGAGAGGAGCCAAGUGGUGGUUGAUCUCAUCGCCCAUAGAGUUUUGUGA